ACCGCGCUCCCUCACGGAGGCGCCGCCAUGUCGCGGGCAGCGCGCUCGGCGCGCUCGGUGCGGGCGGCGGCGGGGGCGGCCCGGUCAGCGCCGGCGGCGGCGCCCAGACCCGUGCGGAUCCUCAUCCCGGCGGGGGGCGCCGCGCCGGGGCCGCCGCUGGGGCCGGUGCUGGGGCAGCGCGGGGUCUCCAUCGCCGCCUUCUGCAAAGAUUUCAACGAGCGCACCCGGGACAUCAAACCCGGGGUCCCGCUGAGGGUCCGGCUGCUCGUGCAUCCUGACCGCACCUACUCGCUGACCAUCGGGACCCCCCCCACCUCCUACUUCCUCAAGGCCGUGGCCGGAGUGGAAAAAGGAUCGGGCAGACCUGGCCACGCCCCGGCCGGGCUGGUGUCUCUGGCUCAGCUGUUCGAGGUGGCGCUGGCCAAGCAGCGGGACCCGGCCCUGCGUGCCCGGGGCACGGCCCUGCCCGCCCUGCUGCGCUCCCUGCUGGGCUCUGCCCGCAGCCUCGGCCUGCUCGUGGUGCCCAGGCUGACCCCCCAGGCCGUGGCCGAUGUCCAGCGCCGGCGCCGGGAGCUCGAGGCGGCCGCAGCCCCCCCGGAGGGGCAGGAGGGUGAGGAGGGGGCGGCCAAGAAGAAAUGACCCCUCCCCCAAAAAACCCCCAAAAAACCCCAAAA